AUGGCUGAAGACCAUAAUGACAGUUCAUUUAACCACAGCUUCGAAUCGAGGAAUUCCUCCGUGUGUGGCUCUUCAGACUGUAUCCCGUGGCUUGCUGUGAGCAUCACCGAAUGUCUGGCCAUAGUCAUCUUUAAUCUCCUCACCAUUAUUGUAUUUGUGAAGCAGCGUCAGCUACAGCGCAGGAGCACGUACCUGAUCAUCCACUUAGCGGUAGUCGAUCUCUUGGUCGGAGCAGUCUCAGGACCUGUGAUUAUUGCUUACCUAUUUAAGUUUUACCUGGACUCACAAAAGAAGCAUUCAGUAAUAUUUCCAAUAUUUAGUGAUUUAUUUCCCACAACUUCAAUUGCAAAUCUUGCUGUCAUUGCUUUAGAAAGACGCCAUGCUACAUUUUAUCCCUUUAAGUAUCGAGAAGUUAAGAAGUGGAUUUAUGGGAUCAUAAUUGUUGCCAUUUGGUUCGUACCUUUGUGUAGAGAGAUCGCUCAAGAUGUUUUAUACUAUCGAGAAGGGAAUUCGGAUCUUUCGAUAUUGUUUUCAAGAUUUAGUUAUGUAUUAUAUUCGUCAGUUUUUCUUAGUAUUAUCUGCAUUUCUUACAUUGCAAUUUUUAUAAAAAUCCGAUGCAGUCCUAAUCCUCAUCCUCACAAUCUUGGUCCAACUAAAAGAGAAAGAAGACUAACAACCACCCUUCUUUUCGUGACGCUUGCGUCUUUGCUGACUUGGCUGCCGUCUACCUUUUUCAGAAUCGCCAUAUUUUGGGGUCACAGAAUGAUGUCUUCUCAGUCCUUUUUUUAUAUUUACGUGACAGUGGCAGCGUUGAUUGGUGCCAGUUCCUUGGUAAAUCCAAUUGUAUAUGCCGUAAGGAUGCCGGAAUUUAGAGAAGGUUUGGUAAAAUUAUUCCGCAAAGCCCCGAAUCAUGCAUAUGAGGCUGAUUCACCACUAAGGACUAGGCAGUCCUCCCUACCCUAAACAGUAUUCCUGAACCAAAAAUUUAACUUCUCGCAAGAAUCAUGUCCUGAAAUAUCUUGCAUAUAUAUGCGGUGUUCUUACUUUUUCCUUGAUACAAUGAUAGUAAUUUUUUUUGCAAAUUUAGUCUUAAUCGCCAUGGCAUGGGUGCCUGUUGAGUAUCACUUUUUGCAUGAUCUACAUGCAGUUUCUAUAUCAAUGCGAUGUAAUAUUUCAAUAAAUGGCUUGAGCCAAGGGGUAACGUGAUUCUGUUAAGAGUCGGAUGAUAACUUCCACUUAGGACGUCAGUCACAUAUCCGAAUUAGAAUAACCGACGACAUUCCUUCUACCUUCAAGCAGACGGUCAGAUAACACGGUCAUAUUAAGGUGUUAAUAAGGAUUCUUUUUGUAAAUAUUAUUUAGCAAAUAUUAUUUGUAUUAUUAGUUCUCUAGGAAGGAAAGAAGAAAUAAGUGAGCUGUAAUUAAGCUAUGUAAUGUUAUUAUUGUGAUGCGUGUCUCGUUAGUUGAGUAGGCAUCGUGAGACCUUUUAAUGUAACAUUUGAUAAAAUAUAUAAAGUGUUGACAGAAUUUUGCGCGUUGGAAAUUGCUCUUCGCAUCUUCCUUACCUUAUCAUAAGCAAAGAGCCUUAGGUGAUAUGAAACACCCGAUGACUUGGUCGUCAUUGAAAGCAGUGACUAAUGUGUGGUCUUGCAUUUCAAUAGGAAAACUUAGUUUUUUGCGCCUCAUCCCAAGGUCAUCUGGUCAUGACCAGCUUUUUCUUACUUCCGAGUACUUUUAAAAACAAUGCGAUGGAGAAGGAAAAUAUUGCUUCUCACUAAAGUUCAGCUAUGCGCUUGGAAAAAAAAACUUUACUACUUUUUUUCUCAGAUCUCAAUAAAGUAAAUGUUUCCUCUAAAGAAUUUCAUUUCUUUUCAUUUUCGAAUUAGUUUUCGUCGACCAAAAAGCAUUUUAAUUUAUACUAUCUGUUUUCAUUUGAAAAGAGGUUUCAGAUUGGCCUUCCUGUUUUCGAAUGACGAAAACAACUUCCGUCCAAGAAGCUAUUUACAAAUGAAUUAAGGAAAAUUGACCUACUGUAUUCUCUCGAAUAGGCGCGGAGGGGGGGGGGGGGACAAUGCAUUGAGGCUUGGAUCAGGAGCUUGUCCCCUCAAUCGUACCUGCCCCAAAUAAUUGGACCGUAGAAAUUUUCAACAAAAACAUCCAAAAUGAACAAAGAAAACGAAGGCUGGUAAUGAUAACAUCACAAGAAUUGUAUGAUCAUAAUACUUUUAUUACUACUUAUACCGUGUUUAUUCGAUCAAAGGCCGCCCUCGAAUAAACGCCACAUGAUUAUGCGGCAUUUAUUCGAAUAAUAGAGCCAAAAAGCACUCAGCGAUCAUUGCUUCGAUCGGAAUUUGAAAUUUUGAGUGAACCAGACACAGAUCUUUUUUAAUGUACCAGUUUUAAUGUCCAGAAAGCACAUCCGACAUUAGAUCUUUAUUCACUUUGUGUAUUGCAGUAGUAUUAAAAUGGAUAUUUUGAAAUUGAGAACAAUAUAAAAAAUCACUUUUUAGACAAGCACUACACAUGUUUUUGUUUUUUACAAUUAAAAUUGUCAGUUACCAUACAAAUGAGAAAAAAUUUUUUCGUCUUGUCACGCGCGUGGGACAAAGAAAAAUUCUGAGUCUCUAUGAGGAUUGUAAAUUGGAUUUUAGAUAAACGCCGCCCUCUAUUAAACGCCACACUCGACUCACGAAAAAUUUAAUAAGCGCAUAAUAUUAACGAUUUGAUAAAAUAAGGUUCUCAAGAGGUAUCCUUAAGAAGGGGGCUCUCCAUUUAUCCAAAAAAGUUCCGAAUACAAUUUCAAGUAUUAAAAAAAACUUAAGCUGAUAAUUUUAAUCUGAUUUGGGGAUAAACAGUAGCAUGGAGAGAGCAUUUUGUCCUAAGAAUACCUAAAGUAAAAGUUAAAUAGCUGAUGGAUACUCCCGCCAAGUUUUAAUCGCCGCGUCUGUUAACUUAUUUAUUGGCGAGGUGAUCUCCCCUGUUUUAUUUGACAAGUGUUAUUGAUAACUUUUCGUGCAGCCGUUCACCAUUUGAAAGCUAUCGAAAACUCGAAAGACUCAUAAACCAAAAGUGUACAACUCUACAUCUAAUUUAAACAAUGAGGCUGCAUCAAAUUUUCCAUUGCUAAAAUCUUCGCCAGAUUAAAGAACUUCUCCAACUUCCUGGGAGAACUGUCAUUAUCAAGUAGCCCUAAAUGCCAAAUAACAUUGUCGAGGAAAAAAAACAUUAAGCGUCUUGUAUUUGCAUAAAUUGACCAGCACUCUAGUCGAGGAAAAUGUCAACAACAUUACGUUCGUGGGACUGAAAGUUUUCAGUAGCUCAGAUCAGUGGUGAAGCAGAACUCCCUGGAGAUAUCUGAUGAUUAUUUGGAAUUGUCCGUGGGUUAAGCCUCUUUUUGUCGUUCAAAGCUUUACAUGUUAACUAUCAAGUGAGACUCUGCAGGUGGACUAUUAUCUCAAACAGGUAAUCUUCCUCUUUCCAAAACAAACGACACAUCUAUAAUUUGAUACCUAAUGAAAUUAAUCAAAAUGACCAAUAGUGUCUUGUUAAAACUGUAAACUAAUAUUAUAAUCCAUUUGCUGUUUUCAGCGGGUCAGGUUUUGUUACACGAUUAGAGAUGAGAUUUACCUUUACAAAACGGCCCCUCAAGAUGGAAAUAAAUUCUGGUAGAUCAAGCCAUAUAGACGCAGUUUAACUGACUCAUACAAGCUAAGAGUAUUGUGAUGUGAGGUAAGACAGAAUAGAGCAAUAAUAUCCUUGUACCUAUUUUUAUCGAAAUUAUUUUAUUUUGCUUUUAAAGCAUAUACCAGUAUUGCAUGAUAAUCAAGCUUAAUUAAUUGACAUCGACUUAAAAAAUGAUUUGAGACUCCUCAAUCAGAGAGCCCUUACAAAUGUAAUACAGGGUCUUCAAGAAGGACAUUUUGAGAAGUUAAAAAUUCAGACAUCCAGCACACGUAAAUAGCCGUCGAGAACACUUCACAAUGAAAUGAAAAGGACUAGAAAAAAAAAAAAAAAACAAGCUGCACUCAGGUUGUAUCUUCUUCAACCAGAAUAUAUAAAGCGAGAUUUGAAAGCAAUUCUAAUCAAUGAAGUAGCAGUCUUUUUUUAUUCUUUGUGUAUGUGUAUUUUCUAUCUUUCGGAAAAAUAUGAACUAAAGUGACAGGAAAAAAUCAAAAAUACAUAAAAUUUAUACCAUCCUUUUGGAUUCGGUUUUUGUGCAGAUCCUUAUCGCGACCGGUGACUCUAUUUCCAUGUCAAAUUAUUUCAGGAUUUUAAAAUUCACGGUCACAAUUCACGAUGGCUGGCGACACAAUUACCAAAACUUCAAACAUCAGCUUUGGGAGCACGGCAUACCCAAUCCUUCCGACAUCAAACUGCAUCCCAUGGGUUAUUAUAGGAAUCAUUGAAUGCCUGGCUAUUGUCAUCCUCAACUUGAUCACUGUCGUCCUAUUUGUAAAACAGCACCAGCUACAGCGCCGGAGUAGAUACUUGAUUAUCCACUUAGCGAUAAUCAAUCUCUUAGUUGGAGGAGCCUCUGGUCCUCUUUUCAUCAUAAAUGGAAUGUCCAACGCUUAUUUCCAUUGGGAGUUGUCUGAAGCUUUCAUUUUUAUUGUGUCUAUAUUCCCAGUGGCCUCCCUUGUCAAUCUCGCCGCUAUUUCUCUUGAUCGAUUUUAUGCAACAUUUUUUCCAUUCAAGCAUCGAUCAAGAAAUGGGUCAAUGGAGCUUUCAUCGCUGCUAUUUGGCUGAUAGCUUCAUUGGGAAAAACAUUCCAACUGGUUUUGAUUUUAUAUCUGAAAGUAGAUAGACGCAUUCGAGGAAUUAUAACCUGCACAUUUAAUGCAUUCUUUCUUUUUGUUAUUUGUGUUUCGUAUUCAGCAGUCUUAAUCAAAGUCCGACUCAGCCCCAGUCGUCACCACCGGGGUGCAACAAACAGAGAACGGAAACUGACCACAACCUUAAUCUGGGUCACAUUUGCAUCUUUAUUGUCUUGGUUACCAUUUAAUGUUUUCGCGAUAUUGUCGAGUUUUAGUAAAGCAAUUUCAACCUGGCUUUGGGCAGACAACGCAGCUGUGACACUUGUCGGUGCUAAUUCUUUAGCAAAUCCAAUUGUUUACGCCAUAAGGAUGCCAGAAUUCAGAGCUGGUGUUAGAAACAUAUUAUGUAAGGUGCCUAACCGUACACGCCCAGUAGAUUUACCACUUUAGUAUCUCCAAUAUGUAUAUUAAAUUCUAUUAAGUACUGGUAACUACUUAAAAAUUAUUCACCGAAUAUGCUGCUCGAUAAUGUCCAGUGACCUCAACUUUUGUUUAUAGUAAUGUUUUGGUCAUAAGAUUGUUACCAAAAUAAGGUGAUUUCUGCGUCAAGUCUCGCGAUUUGUUUUGUAAAAGUAUACCUUUGAUAACCCUUUGAAGCAUAUUGCAAUUUAGUUUGUCCCACGUCCCUAAAUCAGGGGUUUGCCCGAAGAACGGAUACUUUGCAUUUGUUCAAAAACUUGUCUCCGUCGAGUUUAUCUUUUUUUCGUUUCAAUUUGUGUAAUAAGUAACCAGUGUGCCAAUGUGGAUAAGCUUGUUUAUGAUAAUAUAUGAGGCAAGAGCAAGCAACAUCUAACAAUAAUCAACUCAAUCAGAGGUUGCUGUUCUUGAAUUCAAAUAAAUGACUUUGAAAUUCGAAUUGGAAAUUUUAUGAUUUUUUUAUAUUGCAAAACAUAAUAAAGAAUGUCUAUGGCAAAUAAUAAUCUUAGUUCUUCAUUAGGGCAGUUACUUCUCUACUCUCUUCCGCAAACUGAUAAUUUCAAACUGAAAAAGAUUUGUUAAAAAGAGCUCGAACUUGAGAACGAGAUGGAUCAUUACUAACAAUCAGCUUAACAGUACAAACGUGCUCGACCUGCCAUCCAUGCAAAAUUGUUUUCAACAAGAAUGGCUCUCCCGUUAUUGCCUUCAAGUCCUUUAAGUGGUCUCGAAGAUUCUUUUAGCAGUAUUGAAAUGGCUGUCAGCGCUCCGCUCUGAAGGUGUUACUAUCGUCAUCUAUAUUAAUCUAGAGCUUUCACUGAAAUUGUUUACGACAAAUAUUGGCUGAGUUCGGGAACUUGACACUCAUUGAACAUUGUAAGCCUCAUUAUUAUCCAACUGCACAAAGUAGAGCACAAAUAACGCGCGAAUAGCCUACAAAUAUCCUGCGAUAUUGUAUGGUUAUUUGGAAAGUUGGUUAUUUUGUCGCUAUGCCAUUGUGGAGCUCUCAGUUUUUAGGGAAUAGAAGUUAGGAGUAAAUAGUUCAUGAUCAAACUCUGCUCUCGCUAACUGUAAAAUGAACUGGCAAUUCUUCAUACCCUUCCCCAUUUUGGCAUAAAAUUGUUUAGAAACAAAACCUUCAAAUCUACGUUGGCGGGAAUACUUAUAGGAACAAAUUAUAAAUAAUUCUAAAGCCUCCAAACCUUGGCAAUUUAAUUCCUUAAAAAUGGAUCACACUCAUAUUUUGGCGUAAUUUAUAUCUCCUAUAGGAUGGCGAUGAUGUUCAAUCGAGUAAGUGUUAUUUGCUUCUUCUUAAAAAUAGAUACAAGGUCAUACAACUGUACCUCUCCCUAUCGCGUGUAGCUUCCUUUCUUCAUCAAAACUAACCUUCUAGUUUAUGGGCUAUUUUCGGAUGGUAAGGGUUAUCACUAUCAGGCUUUUCUAGAAAUCUGCCCUUUGAUGAAAAAGUAUUAUUAUCUGGGAGAUAUAUAGGCAACUUUUAUUGCUGUUAGGGUUUCAUUUUCGGCCCUUAGGUGUUUGGAGUCCUUUAGAUUUCAGCUAUUAACUGGAACUCUCUUACCAUUUGCGCCAGUCUCACAGAGCAAAACCGAAAGUGUUUCCCUCGGAUGACAAAUGAUUUACUUUUAAACUUAUUAAAAUUUCGAUGUUUGUUCGAAAUCGUGGAAAAUCGUUUCCCAAGGUGUAAACAAAGAAGACAAACACAUAAAUAAAAAGCGAGAGGAAGCAAAAGAACAUUAGAAAAGCAAAACAGAAAAAAAUAAAUGGCAUAGGAAAAAAAACCUGCAUGUGACAUGUUACAAGUUAGGCAAAUCAGGUUUGCCAUUAGCGUUGGUAAGAAAUGAAAACUUAUAACUUCAGUUCAACUGCUGUUUUCAGCUGGUUAGCUUUUGUCACAAUCUCGACAUGUUACCUUGAAAAUCAACUGUUGGAGACCGAAUAAAUGAAACUUCUGGCAAAUGAAGCUAUCCAUCCACAGCUACUUCGCAGCAAAUCAUAAAACAAUAAAUAAUAAGUAUUUAAAAGUUCUGGACUACUUUGUUCUGAAAAAAGAUAAAAGCAUAAAUUAAUUUAUUGUGAACACACAUCAGUGUUGGCAUACAUCGGGCGUACCCUUGACAAGGGCAAGCAAAAACCCAAUUAGGCAAAACGUGUUGUCAUGAACAUUCUUUCCUCAUUUUCAUGAAACCAAAACACUGAGUUGUCUCGUUUCUGCAUUAGAUGGCCAGAACCCUAACCGAGAAAAAUUCUCAUAGAAAACAUUUAUCAGUCGGGCGCGGGACAAAGAAAACAAAAUCUCAUUCGCAUGAGUAAUCGAAGCACAGCCUUCGCGCUUCUAUAAUGGCCUAACUCACCAUGGAGUUCUCCGAGGCUAACACUCGAUUUUGAGCAUCAGAGCGAGGUAUCCGAAGGUCUGGGAUGCGCAUAUAUCUUGAUCUAAGGACCAAGCGCAAAAUUUGAUAACUUACCUGCCCGCUCUAAUUGCAAAAUACUUCUCGUUCGAACUCCCCUGGGGUAACCGAUGCGAGUUUGGAAUUGGCAACAAAUAGAGGUUGCCUCGGAGAUCUUCACAGACUAAUUUUCAUAUUCUGCUGAGAAAGGGAUACUACCUCCUGUUUGAAUGUUGAAGUGAUGCAUAGAGAGUACUUGGUUACACACUGCGUUAUAUUUAUUAACAAUGGAUGGAGUUUCACGUGAACUAAUUGCAUUGUAACCGCUGUUGUAUUAAAGUGCUUUCUGGCCGAUUGAUGCAGUAAAGUACCAGUUUCCUUCCUGAGGAAAUGGCUGGCUAAAUAGUGUUCCUGUCUAAUGUUGCACACGAGAGAAUAUAUUCCCUUGAUCACAUUGAUUUUAUUGACAUUUGCUGACAAUUGAAUUAUGCAUUACAGAACGAUUCGCUUUCUGUUAAAAUUGAAUUGCAACAGCAUUACUUUCUUUGAAUCACCAAAAUAAGUAUUAUGGUUUAAAUGAUGCUUUUCUGGAACGAAAUGGUCAUGUGUACAACGUUAACACUGGCUCAUCAGGCAGAAACAGGGACGAGUUUUAGCGACAAAUAUACUGGGAUUUUAACUAAAGCGUCAUACUAUACUUGUUUGAAAUUGCUGAUGUCUUGAUUAGUUCUUGCAAUCAACAAACAUCCUACCAUCACGAAGAACAGAGAGACGAGAAACAAACAGAAAAACCAAUCGUUACGCUGUCGAAUUGGAUCUUACCUGAGCUUAUUAACCUCUGUUUUUUUUUUUUGAGGACAACUAAUUUCUGAUUUGACACAAAUUUAAACCAAUCAGCGAGGAUCAUCGGUAUUAAAAAGAAUGAUAAUUUCAGUUCAUCAGCUGCUUUCAGCUGGUCAGAGUUGCGCUACAUAAUCAACCUAGCGAAUUGUCAUGAAAAUCUUCUUUUGGAGACUGUCGAUGAGGUAGGCGAACUUUUAGCUUAACCAAGAUACACAAUUCGGUGAGAAUUUCAAAGUAUCUUUUUUUAUUCGUCUUUUUCUCUUUCUGCCUUUUUCGUUCGUUUUUUUUUUUUUUUUUUUGGCCAAGUUUUAAAAAUAUGUCAGUCUUGUGCAUUGAACUUGCGAUUCUGAAACAUUUUCAGUGGCGGAAAUGACGGCAAACACCACCAAUAAAUUAGUUUCAAACAGCACCUAUGCGAGAACUGGAUCAACCUCUUCUACAUCAGAAUGUAUUGCAUGGUUUAUAGUGGUCAUUUUUGGAAUACUGGCCAUUGUUAUCUUUAACCUCAUCACAAUCGUUGUAUUUGUGAAGCAGCGUCAGCUACAGCGUCGGAGUAAAUACCUGCUCAUCCAUCUGGCGAUUGUCGACCUCCUAGUCGGUGCAGUCUCUGGGCCUUCUUUCAUUGCAGAGGGAUUUUCGUUCUUUUGUUAUCAGAGGGAUAAUACUAUUGUUGCAAGAUUUUUAUGGGAACUAUUUCCCGUCACCUCCCUAGUUAAUCUAGCAGCUAUUUCUUUAGAAAGAUUACAUGCAACAUUUUUCCCAUUCAAGCACCGCUUUAUCAAGAAAUGGGUGUAUGGCGUUAUCGUAGCUGUUAUUUGGUUGAUGGGUUGUUUCAGCGCUAUGUUAAAUGUAAUUUUCAAUUUUUUCUUAAAAUCAGAUUCCUUUAUUUACAUCGGUGUGCUGCUACGAAGCGUAUAUCAUCUGAUCUGCCUUUUGAUCAUUAGUAUUUCUUACUGCUUUAUCCUUAUCAAGGUUCGAUGCAGUCCUAGUCCACAACACCAUGGUGCAGCUAACACCGAAAGAAAACUGACCAUCACCUUGAUUUGGAUUACU